CCUUUGUGCAUGGCGACCGCUCAAGAUGCCUCGCUGGAGGAGAUCCUUUGGAGAUCACCCCCGCACGUCCAGAUGAUGGGAGGGUAUCUUCAUUCGAACAACAUUCUGUUCUACUUCGCCGAAUCGCCCUUUUUCGACGCAACUUCGAACAACGCCUCGCUCGCCAUCCAGGCCAACUACAACGAAGCAUUCCGUCAUUUCGUGGAGACUCGCGAUGCUUUUGAGGGCCGGCUGAAAACAAUGCAGGGGGUGGAGUUUGUUGUUGCGUACGAUCCAUUACAGGCCGCUGCGCAGCCAGACGGGAGUUUUGCCCAUGAGCCUUCCAACAUCUGGGUGAUCAGGAAGCAGAAUCGACGCAAGCGGACCGGAUUCGAUGAUGAGGUGCAGGUUCUGGCGACAUUUUUCGUUGUCGGAGACUGUAUCUAUAUGGCGCCGUCGGUCGCCAGCGUCGUGGGAAACCGGAUACUGUCGGCAGUCACAUCCCUGACUAAGAUGAUGAAGACCGCCGCGACGCUGCCGACAUUUACACCGUCGUACGGUCAUACGUACAUGCCUCCCGCGUCUAGAUCGACGGACCUCAACCAGCCGGCCGGCGCUCAAUCUCAAUUGAGCAAGGAGAAUACUCCCCUGCCGGAUGCAGACACCCAGGCUAAAGCUCCUCUUGUGGGCGGUGGUUCUGCGGGUCAAACCAGUUCUACACUUCAGGAUACGAGAGCGCUGGCGGAGGCGUUCCAGCUGUUUGCGAGAUAUGGCGAUGAGUUCAUGGAUGAGAAUCCAUUGGUCGGGGAGCCGGGAUCAUUCGUCAUGUCCAAGUCAGGAGAAGCGUCUGCUUCUGGUGCUGGUGCUAGUGCUGGUGCUGCUUCCAAGCCAUCUGCUACAUUGAACCCCCCUCCGGCGAAAGGGACGCCCAGCGUAGGCACACCGAGUGUCAGGGUUGACUCUUCGAUGCUAACGCCGACGGCGAUGGAAAAACCGAGCACCCCGUCAGGGACAGAUGAUAAUAAACUGAAAAAGAAAAGGAGUACGAUCGGUAUUUGAGUUCACGAUACCCCCCCAGUUUCGGAAUAGAGGAUGGCGUUUUUCCCAGUAGGGUUUCUUAUAUUCGAGAUGAUUAGUUGCCCAUAUUCAUAUGGAAUAAUUUUGUCUUGCUAAAAUACAGGUGUCAGCAAUAUAUAGAUAGAUCUUCAAUUAUCUGUAACUCUGGGCUGUCGACUGCAUAUGCACUUCUCAAACACCCCUCCUCUUAUCUUUUUCUAUACCACUUGCUCCUUGUACUGGCCUUAUCUCUCCCUCCAGAAAGAUCAAUUAUCAAACUGGCAGGUAUAUCUAAAGAAUAAACACAUAGCAACGAUAGGGAAGU